GUGAGGGUUGCGGUGGCCGUGGAGGGUGUGUUGGUUGUGCUGAUAGUGUUGGUUGUCGAGGGUGUGUUGACUGUGGAGCUUGUGUUGGUUGUGGAGGUUGUGUUAGUUGUCGAGGUUGUUAGGGUUGUGCUGGUUGUAAUGGUUGUGAAGGGUGGUGGUUGUUUUGAUUAUGGAGAUUGUCUGGUUGUGGAUUGUGAGGGUUAUGUUGCUUGUAAUGGUAGUGGAGGGUUUGUGGAGUUUGUAAAAGUUGUGCUGGUUGUGUUGGUUAUGGAGGGUGUGUUGUUUGUGGUGUGUGUGUUUUAUUUGUACAGGGUGAGUUGGUGGUUGUGAGAUUAUGCUGGUUAUGGUGGUAAUGUGGGAAUUGUGGUUUUUGUUUUGGUUGGAGAGGUUUUGAAACUUGUGAUUAUAGUUGUCGAGGUUUUGGUGGUUGUGAGGGUUGGGUUAGUCGGCUGGGUGUGCUGAUUGUGGAGGUUGGGAGGGUUGAGGUCCUUGUGGUGGUUGUGAGGACCAAGGUGGUUUUAUACAAUUAUGUGAAUGCUACACGCCCUGUGAUUGGUCGUUGCCCAUAUCUAUUAGAGUACAGAUACAUGGAUAAUGGUUUCUUUGUUUUUGUUCAACAUGGCUCGCGGUUUUGAAAACGUUUUGUGGGAUUAUUUCGGCUUAAGCAAGUAAUUGCUUUGAAAAAAGUUAAGCAAGAGCUAUUUACAAAGAAGAAAAAUGGAGAAACAAAGACAAAAAGAGCUCUUGAAUACUUGAGAAUGUCCAAAGUACAAGAAAUCUUCACAACAGUUGCCAUCAGGUGUCAUCGCUAUGAAAGACUCGCUGUUUCGCAAAAUGGUUUCGCCAUUAUCCCGCUGUAA